CGCAAUUCAGGCACGAGACCCGUCAUGUUACCAGUGUGAGACUGUAUGGGACCCGCAAUGGCAGUUUUAGCAGGUGUGCAGUCUGGACAAAAGACAGGUGAAGGGAGGCUGUCCUGGCCAGUUUUCCUGCUGACACUAGCUGCAGUCACCUCCUCUUCUCUUUCAGCUCUGUCUUUGUACCAACUGGUAGCCCUCAGAGCUGAGGUAGAGGGACUCAAGUCAGAGGUUUAUCGCAGGAGAGAAGAGGGACAAGAGGUCAAGCACGGAGGCCAGACUGAGAAUAUAAGUAGCAGGAGAGGCAGCCAGGAGCCGCUGCACCAGCCAGGCUCUCAACAGGCUUUCACCCACACAAGGAGGAAAAGAAUGGUCUCUGGAACAGAGACAUUAGUUUCUCAGCCUUGCCUGCAAUUGCUGGCAAACAACAGCAGGAAAACCUUCAUUAAAGAAUUUGCCCUGGAGCCACACACAGGUAUCCCCUGGCAGACUGGGCUGAGGAGAGGCUCUGCCUUGGAGGCAGACAGAGACAGCAUAUUAGUCAGAGAGGAGGGUUUCUACUUUGUGUACAGUCAGGUCUAUUACAUGGACACCACCUUUGCAAUGGGCCAUGUGGUGAUUCGGAGGAAGAGGAAUGUAGUGGGGGACGAGCCUCAGUAUGUGAUCCUGUUCCGCUGCAUCCAGAAUAUGAACCCCGAGUACCCUUACAACACCUGCUACACAGGAGGUAUUGUGAAGCUGGAGGCCGGGGACAACUUGGAGCUACUGAUCCCUCGGUCCACAGCUGACGUGUCCCUGGAUGGAGACGCCACCUUUGUGGGUGCUGUCAAACUGGCUUAAAGAGUGUCACCUUGCUUUGGACCCGGGGGACUCUGUUGUGGUGGGAAAGAGCUGGCGUAGUGGGAGGAAAUGGAGCAGCGAGGCACAGUUCUGGUGACCUCGCCUGACUGGUUAUUGUGAGAAGAGUACAGGAAGCAGCCGUUUCUGCACUGGCUGAAUGAAAGACUGAGACUUUUGCUGAUGGCACCGUACUCUUGAACAUCUUCCGGCUAGCUAUAUUACUGUAUGUUUUUUUCUACCACAUAUCAAGACAAAACAUAGUGUUUUUCUUCACAUACACAUGGCAACGUCUUCUACUCUUAAAUGUAUCAAUCAAUAAUGUUUCAUUACUGUGUCACUGACAUAGUUCUUCUCAUAUGCUUUAUUUCUGAUUUACUAUCUGAAUGUCACGGUUUGAUUUACGUUUACCUGUAUAUGUCUCAUUGAAAUAAAAAUCCAGAUGCAAUAGAAU